AUGGGUUUGGUUGUAGUGUCACUACUCGGUGAAGUCUUGCGCGUCGGUGGGGGGCUGGGCACGGACUACUGCGUGUGCGUGCCUUCGGACGAGAACGGCCGCAUGCUGCCCGCCGAGCUCGAGCGUCUGGUCCGAUACCACAAGGAUCGUGGCAACGUUCCUUUCUUCGUGAACGCAACCUCGGGCACUACGGUCCUGGGCGCUUUUGACCCGCUCAUGGAGAUCGCAGACAUCUGCCAGAAGUACGACUUGUGGAUGCAUGUCGAUGCUGCUUGGGGCGGUGGGUUGCUAUUCUCCAAGAAGUACCGUCACCCUCGACUCACUGGCAUCGAAAGGGCAGACUCGGUGACUUGGAACCCGCACAAGUUGAUGGGCACGAUACUUCAAUGCUCCACCGUUCACUUCAAACAUGAGGGCAUUCUGCUGAGCUGCAACGCGAUGUCAGCGGAAUACUUGUUCAUGACAGACAAGAUCUACGACCCUCGGUUCGACACCGGCGACAAAGUGAUCCAGUGCGGCCGCCAUAACGACAUCUUCAAGCUGUGGCUGCAGUGGAGGGGCAAGGGCACAUCGGGCUUCGAACGGCUGAUGGACCGGCUGAUGGAGCUAUCGGAGUACAUGGUGCGGCGCAUCCGCGAGCAAUCGGACAAGUUCCACCUGCUGCUGGAGCCCGAGAUGGUGAACGUGUCGUUCUGGUACCUGCCGCUCCAGCUCCGAGGCUUGCCGCACAACCGCGCCAAGGAGAUCAAGCUAGGCAAGGUGUGCGCCAAGUUGAAAGGGCGGAUGAUGCAAGCGGGCACGGUGAUGGUGGGCUACCAGCCGGACGACCGGCGGCCCAACUUCUUCCGGAACAUCAUUUCCUCGGCCGCGGUCACCGAGCGCGACGUCGACUUUUUGCUCGCAGAGAUGGACCGCCUAGGACACGAUAUCGUCGUUGACUAG